AAGCAAAAAUACUCGUAAGAGGAGAGAAAACAAAAAAGAAAACGACGUCCGCCGGCAAGGCCCAGGACCAGACACACACAGAUGCCAUUUGCAGCACCUGGAUGGACUGGCGGCUGCCAUUUCUUGCAAAAAUAUAUCCAUGCCGAACCGAAGCCCCAAGCCCAUUGGCAGGCGGCAGGUGGCAGUCGACACUACCCUCCUCCUGCAUUGGAGAUGGGAGCGUGAGAAGGUGGAUGGACAUUUCUUGAGUGCUUUCCUGCCACUGUUUCCUCGCACACUCCACUCGUCCUGCUCGAUGAUGAUGAUGAUGAUGCGUGGCCAAGUUCAUUUUAUUUAUUACCGCCGCGCCUCGACUGAGCAAACAUUCACCAAAUUCCUCCUCAAAGGAUAUCCCCCUCCCCGCCAUACGAGCCUGUACAUCCAUAUACAACGCUCUCGGUUUGUGCGGUUCUGGCGAGGCCAUUCCUGGAGCCCUGAAACCAAACUAUUCGCACGCUUUGUGUUGGAUCAAACACAUUCCAUGCAGGAGCUUUUGGGGCAAAUCGCAUCUGAAGGAUAUGGCAUAGAGGAAUUCCUUCUCCUCAGCCCCAAAAACGAGGUACAACUAUGCACAACGAAAUAUUAUAGACUCUAAGGGGAGGAGUAAUAUAAUGUAUCAGAAAUACCUUUGCGGAAAACUCACUGGCUUAAUCUUUACUUCCAAAUAAUUUCCAAAAAAGAGAUUUUUGCUGGAAA